AUGCACCAAGAAGGGUAUGUAGCGGGCCAGCCUGAUGAGACGGAAAUGAAGCAAGCUUUUGUGCCUUUGAAGGAAGAUAACAACUCUGGUUCCCCCACAGAGAACUUCCUUCCAAAAGUAGAAAAUGCAGGGCAGGUGACGAUCCAUCGGAAGGAUGGGAACGUUACAACCAUGUUUGCAGAUGCGCCGGAAGAGGAUGCAUAG